AAAGAGAGGGAGAGAGAGGGAGUCUUAUGACCUACUGCUCAUUCCACAGAUAGUGACGGACAGCAUGCUCACUCUGUGCUUCCAUCUGUAAUUUCACCAGAGCUGCAGCGUGUUCAGAGGAUGUGUCGCAACACUGUCAGUGUACUCUGAACAGAUUUCUGGGAUUUUGUCUGUAAUUAUUAUCAGCAAAGGACGGAACAGUAUAUCGCAUUUGGAACAGCUGAGUGACAAUGCCAGAGGAGAAAGUGUUUCAGCAGCAGGCUGUCCACAGCCCUCUGGAGCAACAGAAGCAGAAACAGAAGCAGGGUAGCAGUGGAGGACCUGUCGCCUGCCAGAACUGUGGAAAGCCCUGCAAAGGGGAGGCACUCCGAGUUCAGAACAAACACUUUCAUAUCAAGUGUUUCAUCUGCAAAGUAUGUGGCUGCGAGCUGGCCCAGGGAGGCUUCUUUGUGCGGCAGGGUGAAUACAUCUGUACUCUGGACUACCAGCGGCUGUAUGGAACUCGCUGCUUCAGCUGCCAGGACUUCAUCGAGGGGGAGGUUGUGUCCGCGCUGGGCAAGACCUACCACCCACGCUGCUUUGUUUGCACCUCAUGCAAACAGCCAUUUCCAGCCGGUGACCGAGUGACAUUUAAUGGGAAAGAGUGUAUCUGCCAAAAGUGUACCCAGCCUCUUCCUGCCAACAGCCCUGCACCCAUACAGGCUGUCCACAACUGCUGCGGCUGUGGAAAGGAAUUUAAGAAUGAACAGUCACUCGUGGCACUGGACAAGCACUGGCACCUGGGCUGCUUCAAGUGUAAAGUCUGCAACAAGGUGCUCAAUGCCGAGUACAUCAGCAAGGACGGGAUCCCCUAUUGUGAAAUGGACUACCACGCCAUGUUUGGCAUCCAGUGUGAGAGCUGUAAGAAGUAUAUUACAGGGAAAGUCCUUGAGGCUGGCGAGAAGCAUUACCACCCCACAUGUGCACGCUGUGUCCGGUGUGAGCAGAUGUUUGCAGAGGGAGAGGAAAUGUACCUGCAAGGAUCUUCUAUCUGGCAUCCUCCAUGCAGACAAGCAGCCAAGCAGGAGGAGAAGAGUAAGAAGCAGGUCCGGAUACAGCUCAAUGAUGGCCUCGAGCAGCAGGUGACCCGGACUUCAUCAGAGAGCAUCACCUCAGUCCCGGCAUCCAGCGCCUCGGGCUCUCCCAGCAGAGUCAUCUAUGCCAAGCUAGGAGAGGAGAUGCUGGACUACAAGGACCUGGCAGCCCUUCCAAAGACCAAGGCCAUCUAUAACAUAGAUAGGCCUGACAUGUUGUCUUAUUCUCCCUAUGUCAGCUACCCAUCUGACGAGAGGCACUAUGGAGAGUCUCCCCAGCUGCUUUCUCCUACUCCUACUGAGGGUGAUGGGGAAAAAUCACCCCGUCAACGGAGGCCGUCGAGCCCCAGCUCUAACAGCUCCCUGGGGGGCUAUGGGCGGUACACCCCGUCUCGUUCCCCUCAGAACUACAGCCGACCAGGACCAGAGAUAUACCUUGCCGGUAAACACAGCAGCCAAGCUUUACCCCCAGCCCUCAUGGGUGGCAUUAAGUACCCCUCCACCUGGGCCAGGAACACAUCCUCCCCACCCAUGUACUAUUCUGGUGGGGCUGAAGGGAUCAGUGGCGGUGGUAGUUGUGGCAAGUACUCACCUACACCAAUAGGUGGUAGUGCAGGCUUGUCUUUACACCUAAAUCCCACCACCCUGGCUAUGCUGCAGCAGCACAACUAUAUCCCUUACUUUAGAGGUAGUGAAAGCGGUCGGAGUACCCCCAGCUUAUCCACCUAUUCUGAUGGCAAAUCCCCCUCAUCUACUUCUACAUACGUGGCUGCUCCCCGGCAUUUCCACAUACCAGAGACUAUGGUCAAAGAUAAUAUCUAUAGAAAACCCCCCAUCUACAAACAGCAUGCUUCUAGAACAUCUUGGCAGGAUGGUGAGGAUAGCAAGAGGACCAGUUGGAUGAUUUUGAAGAGUGAGAUUGAUGGUCAGAUGGGUCCAGAGGACAUCGACCCCCGCAAAUCAACCUGCAGUCUGCCCACUGACACUUCCCAACCUAAUUUCCCUUACAAUAAGUCUGCAUCUUUACCUGGCUAUGGAAGAAACGGCAUCUACAAGGCUGCUGAGAUGAUGGAGGAUGAAGUGGACCCAGACUCCCAGAGCUGGGGAGGCAUGAGAGAGUACAAGGUCUACCCUUAUGAAAUGCUGGCAGUGACGCAUAGAGUGAAAGUGAAGCUUCCCAGAGAUGUAGACCGCACCAGACUGGAGAGACAUCUAUCUCCAGAGGACUUUCAGCAAGUGUUCGGCAUGACCCUGGAGCAGUUUGACCGCCUGGCUCUCUGGAAGAAGAACGACCUGAAGAAGAAGGCACGCCUUUUUUAGACAGAAAAACAAUACUAAGCAAAAUCUGAAAAAGUAUCGAGAAGAAAACAAAAUACAAAAAAAGCCCCAUCGGAAAUAUCUAUAUAUGCACCACCGUGAUACCCCUUCUUCCUACUUUCCACCUCUAAAAUGCCAUGCCUGUGAAGCCACGGAGGAACCCUGCGAGGGCACAGUUUCACAAAGCUGUGGCGGGGAUCUAUAGCUUUUUGUAUGCAGUGUGGUCCAAAUAUUUGACUGACAACCUUAUGGAGAAUGAGGAGCUGCGUUUGCAUGGCCUGUGCUGAUGCUCCUUGCCUCCUAUGUGGUUUUUGCAUCCACCCCUGACCCUCUCAUAUGCCAGUGCUUUCAUACUCCAUAAAAAAACAACAGCUUUUUCUAAUUCUCAUGCAGGCCUUCCUCCAGGUUUCUGUGGUUUGGAAUGUUUUAUGUGCACCUUCUUUUAAUCUCAGUAUUGACUUGUCUCUGUUUCUGUACCGAGUUUGUUUUCUCUUUGUGAGGUUUUGCCAUCUUGUCUCUUUCUACAUAUCACCUGUUUGCUGCGCUGCCUUUUCUCUCUUGCUGCUUCUGCUCCUUGCACUAAGUUACUGUUACAUAUUCAAGACAGUUCAUUUUUACACCCUUGCCAUUACAUUAGGAUAGUGAAGAGACUGUAGACAUUCACUGUUCAAGCAUGUCAAGGCCAAAGACAGGGAUAAAAAAAACAAAAAAUAUGUGAUCUUUUACUUCAAAACUGUCUAAAACCACCUCAUCAUCUUUUGUUUCUGGUUUUCCUUCUUGUUCUAUUCAAUCAGAGAAGUUGGCCACAUAGUUUUGAUAUCCGUGCUCUGGUACAUUUGAAUGUGGCUCCAUAUCUCACGCAAGCCUCUCAUAAAUCAGCCCAGAUAGAGUAGCCAGGGGCUGGAUAGCAGCCACAACUCUGAAUCACAGUCAGCGAGAGGAAGAAAAGGAGGGGUAGAAUACAGAAGAUUUCAGGGUGUACAAACAUGUCAAACAUGCUGCAUUGCUAGGGUGACGUGCACUCACAUGAAAAAAAAAACCAAAUACAAUUAUUUUUAUAAGCUAUUUUUGACUUUGGAAAGGAUCAUUAAACCAGUCAGGAGGAUGCAGCUGAGAGAAUCAUCUUUUUUCUUUUUUUUGAACAAAAUAAACCCGUUCAGACUUCAAGGUUCACAUAACUGCAGCAGACUUAAGCUGAACAAGAGAGGUUUUGUUUGAUUUUAAAGUCAAUACUCUAACUGUAUUAUAUCUUCUCAGCUAGAGAGUUAACUCUUUGUAUGUUUGUUGUUUGAAAGUAUUGUUGCGUACAGUAAUAAAGCUAUACAUUCAAGCUGAAGUCCAUCACCUUUGCUCGACUUUCUGGACCGUAAAUCGAUCAACUUGCCAACUAACAUACUGUAACAUGUAUGUAAACAUAUACUGGAUAUAUAUCAGAUUUAUCUGUCUGCCAUGGUGUAUAACUCUUAAGGCAUGCAUGAGGAUGGGAAAUGGGGUUUGUCAACUGACCUCAUAUAAGAAAUGAAUGACAAUAUCAUAAAUGUGUUUUGAGUGAUUGAUUCUUUUCUGGUCAAAUGAAGUGCCCAGCUCAGCUCCUUACAUUAGCUUGUGUUAGGUAUUUAUUUAAUUGCAAUACCGGGGAAGGGAUUUUAUUUUUGAAAUCUUGAGAGUGUUGUGUCAGGGAAGAGUGCUUUUGAAGAGAAACAUAUCAAAUUUUGAGUUUAAUCUGAGUGUCAAAUGUUGCUCCUGUAAGUAACACACUAACUGUUGUCAUGCAUUGCCAUGUCUUCUUUCUAAUAUUCAUCUGCUAUUAAAGUGCUUUAUCCAAA